GAUGUAUCACAAGUUUUCCCACAUUCUCCUCAUAGGUUCUGUUUGAGGCAUAUUUGUGCCAACUUCCAAUCUGCUGGAUUCAGAGGGCCAGAGAUGAAGAAGCACAUGGAUGCAGCUAGUUAUUGUUACACAAAACCAGAAUUUGACAGCGCAAUGGAUGCUAUGAAGGCAGAUUGUGAGGAGGCUUAUAAUUGGCUCAUGCAGAUUCCUGUAGAGACAUGGGCCAAGCAUGCUUUUGAUACAAACUGCAAAACAGAUCUUGUUGUGAACAAUAUUUCAAAAGUGUUCAACAAAAUGAUCCUGGAUGUGAGGAACAAGCAUACCAGAACAAUGCUAGAAGGCCUAAGGAAUAAAGUCAUGGUAAAGAACAAUGGGACAAGAGAGAAGACAGAGAACUAGAUGGGAGAUCACUCCACACUAUGCUGAGAAGUUGGAAGAUGCAAAGAGGUGGUCAAGGGAAUGCACUGCAAGGAAUUGUGAUGUUGACCUGUGGCAAGUUAGCAACAUCAAAAGAAAUUGUGCAGUCAACCUAAAGAACCACACUUGCACCUGUAGGAAAUGGGAUAUCACUGGAGUACUUUGCAGUCAUGCAAUUGAUGUAAUUAUGAAAGUGAGACAUCAUCCAAAGGACUAUGUACAUGAGUUCUUCAAGAAGCCACUGUACAAAGAAGCCUACAAAUAUGUUGUGUACCCUGUGCCUGGUCCAGAUGAUUGGAAAAAGGCAUAGACUGAUGACAUAGAUCCACAUGUUUUCAGAGGGAAGCCAGGAAGGAAACAAGUUAAAAGAAGAAAGGGACAAUUUGAAGUUCUUGCACCAAGAGACACUUCUAGGAUGGCCAGUAUUACUUGCAGCAACUGCAAGGUUGUUGGCCAUAGGUACACUAGUUGCCAGGCACCUCUGAAGCCACAGCUGCAAGUUAGGAAGAAUAACCACCAGAGUACAAGGCAAAGUGAUGAGGGCAACACUUCAGCAUCUGCAAGCACAUCAGCAGCUCCUCCACUAGCACUUGCACCUCCAACAGCAAGAGAAGCACCAGCACCUCCAAGAGCAAGAGCAGCACCAGCAACUCCAAGAGCAAGAGCAGCACCAGAAGCUCCAAGAGCUUUAGCACCUGCAAGAGCAGCAGCUGCAAGAUUCUCUGCCCCAAGAAUAAGCACUGCUUCUGCUCCUGAUGGCGGUUACCGUAUGCGGAACACGACAUACAUGAGGAAGAACACGAUGAAGGUCAGUGCACCAUAA